AUGAAUGUGUUUCGUCGUUUCUUCAUACGGCCAACACGUCAUACUAAAUAUCUAAUACAAAUAAUUAUUAUAAUUGUUGUCGUAUCUUUGCUUGGAUUGUUUCUCGGUAUGUCGGGAAAGGGAAACGAAGCUGUUAAAGAAAAUAUUAAAGAAUAUAUACAAGAAAAGAGCCAAAAAGAGAUCAUUCCAACUAAGAAUAGAGAACCAGUUGAAGAGGCAAAUGAAAAUGAAAUCAUUUCAUCAACAUCAACAAAUUGUGCAUAUAAAAAUUGUCCAAAACUUCGUGAUGAUGUUAUUAAUGUACAUAUUAUUUGUCAUACACAUUUAGAUCCUGGUUGGCUUAAUUCAGUGGACGGAUAUUUUUAUGGUAUUCACCAUGCAGCUCAACAUAAUUAUAAUGGUCAAGCAUAUAGACAUUCGAUGCCAAGUGUUUUAUCAAUAUUUAAUAAUGUCAUGAGUGCUUUACUUGAAAACUCUAAACGUCGAUUUGUAUUUGCUGAAAUGUCUUUUAUAUGGCGUUGGUGGAAACGUUUAGAUGAAGAUUUCAAAAAAAUUAUACGAAAAUUGUUGAAUGAUGGACGUCUUGAUAUAGCCGGUGGUAAUUGGGUUUCAAAUGAUGAAGCUGUCAGUCAUUAUGCAGCAAUGAUCGACCAAUGUACAUUAGGAUUUCGUUUUGUUAAAGAUGAACUACGAAUUUGUUCACAGCCUGCAGUCGCUUGGCAACUUGAUUUGUUUGGUCACGGACGAGAAAUCAAUUCUCUAUUUGCUCAAAUGGGUUAUGAUGCUAUUUUAUUUGGGCGUUUGGAUUAUCAAGAAAAAGAACAACGAACAAUUGAAAAAACUUUACAAAUGAUUUGGAAAGUAAAUGAAAAUGCUCCGCAAAAUGAGCAGUGGUUGUUUACUGGCAUUCUUCCAAAUCUUUAUCAUCCGCCAGAAACAUUAGCUUUAAAAUCAGAUACUAUUGGUGCUUUAUUGAGACCGACUGAUGCUGAUACAUUACCAGAAUCGGCUUCUGUAUAUAGUAAACGUUUACUUGACGAGCUCAGAUCUCAGCAAAGCAAAUAUAAUAGUACUAAUAUAGCUGUUAUAUACGGUGGUGAUUUUGAAUACGAAGAUGCUACACAGUACUUCCAAAAUAUUGAUGCUAUGAUCGAUACUAUUAAUCGUGUACAAAAUAAAACAAAUGGUCAAAAGCAAUUCCAUGUACAUUAUUCAACACCCUCAUGUUUUAUACAUGCUUUAUCACAAGAAAAACGUUCAUGGCCAGUACGCAAAGGCGAUUUUCUAUCAUAUGCUCAUCGUGCACAUGCAUUUUGGACUGGAUUCUAUACGUCAAGGCCAGGCAUAAAAUUUUAUGAACGUUCCGUUGGAGCUUUUUAUCAGUCUCUUCGACAACUAAGUAUUUAUUCGAAUUCGAUUGGCUUUGAUGUUUUAUCCAAAUUAGGAGAAACAAUGGGUUUAAUGCAACAUCAUGAUACCAUCACUGGCACAAGUCCACUGGUUCAUAUUGAAGAUGCUCUUCGACGAAUGCAUCGAGCAGAGACAAGUGGACAAGCAUUAGCUUUGACACUCUAUCAGAAUAUUUUAACCCCAACAAUAUCAUUAAAUUGGUCUACACCAUUAAUUUUUUGUCCACUUAAUGAAAGUUAUUGUACACCACUCGCUACCAUGCAUACAUUUUCUGCCAUUGUCUACAAUCCUUCAUCAGUAUCGAAUCAAGUUUGGAUACGUAUUCCUGUUACGAAACAACAGACAAUUCAUCUCGAUGCUGCUAUUGCCAAGAAAUUUUCAAUUGAUGUUACAGAAAUCGGCACUAUCAAUUUAUCACCAAGUUUUUUAAGAAUUCCACUUGGUUUUCCGCGCAAUCAAGUCCAAGAAUUAAUUAUUCGUGUUCAUGUACCACCAUUAAGUUUGCAAGCUAUUCCUUUUAUUUCAUCAAAACAACAGCAAAGUGUUGAACCAUUAGUAAGUACAAACUCAAGUUGUUCAAUAGAAAAUCAACAUUAUAUUUUAACAGUAAAUGAACAAGGUUCGAUCGUAUCAUUAAAACUUAAAUCGCUUGAUAAAGAAAUCAACUUUCAACAAAAUUUUUCUUACUAUACAAGUUCUGGUAGUGAUGGAAAAUCACAUCAACAAAGUGGAUUGUAUGUUUUCCGGCCUGUUGGUACUAAUCCUCCGAAACAAGUUAAUAUAAACGAAUUUUAUUGUUUAAAACGUAAAGGUUAUGAAGAAAUAACUCAAGUUUAUUCGUCUUUUGGAAGUCAAGUAAUUCGUUUACUUGAUAGUUCAUCAUAUAUAGAAUUCGAUUGGGUUGUUGGACGAUUAGAUGCAAACGUUGAAUUUGUUACUUCUUACGAAAGUAGAGAUCUGAAUAAUGCUGGAACCUUCUAUACAGAUUCGAGUGGAAGAUCAUUGAUGAAACGAAUACGUGAUCAACGUGAUGGAUAUCGCUUUUCACAAAGUGAAACGAGUGCUGGUAACUAUUAUCCGUUAGUAACUGGUAUCAUAAUCAAAGAUGAAAAACAAGAUUUACAAUUGAGUGUGAUUACUGAUCGAGCGCAAGGUGGUGGUAGUAUCAAAGAUGGACAAGUUGAAAUCAUGCUCCAUCGGCGUACGAUGACUGAUGAUGGUCUUGGCGUAUCUGAAACUCUCAAUGAAGUAGAUCGUGAUGGUCAAGGCAUAGUUAUUCGAGGUCGUCAUCUACUAUCGGUAACUAAAAUUGAUGAAGGCAUUAAAUUCUUCCGUGAGCAUGCAUUGAAAUCUGUUUGGAAACCAAUAAUUGCUUUUCAAAAUGAAUAUAAUAAUCCACCAUUGAAUUAUAAAACAUGGUCAUUACUAAAAACUGAUUUACCUCCACAAGUAAACAUUCUAACAAUAGAACCGCUCAAUCAAAAUAAAGACAGAUUAUCGAUACUUUUUCGUAUUGAACAUAUCUAUGAACCUAAUGAGCAUCCUACAUUGUCGAAACCUAUUUCAAUUCGAGCUGAUAAAAUUUUCAACAACCAUAAAAUGCUAGAAAUUAAAGAAGUAACAUUAGGUGCAAAUAUGUACAAGAAUGAAGCAUUUAAACGAUUGAAAUGGACGUUAGAUGAAACAAACGAAGGCAAAAACCAACAUCCAGAAGUAUCCAUUUUUGAUGGAAAAACAAUUCAAUUGUCUCCUAUGCAAAUACGAUCGUUCAUCGUUAAAUUAGAAAAUCGUGCUUAA